GAAAAUGUCCUUCGAGAAUGUCAAUGGUGACUACGGAUCUCUUUUAGUGGGCGGUUUCGUAGCAUUCGCCCUCUCGGGGUGCGUGAGCAUGCAAUACGCAGUAUACUUGAGGCUAUACCCAGAGGAGGAAAGGUUCACGAAAUCUCUAGUGGCUUUGAUAUGGAUCCUGGAUAUCGUCCACUCAGUGUUCAUCUGUAUUGCAGUUUGGGAUUCCUUAAUCACCAACUACGGCGAUCCAUCCAUGAUUGAUAUCAUACCCUGGAGUAUUAGUCCAACAGUCGAACUUACGGCCGUCGUAACGUUUCUUGUUCAAAGUUUCUAUGCUUUCCGCAUGUAUAAAUUGAGCCGGAGGAAGCUUUGGCUAGGAGCACCCGUCGCUGUACUCGCACUGUUUCGGUUAGUUGCUGCGAGCAUAUCGACCGCGGAGAUGGCGCAUCUGAGAUCAUACGAGAAGUUUCGACGUCCGUGGCCGUCGUGGAUGUUCACUCUGGGGCUAUCGCUUUCCGCGGGGGUAGACGUGAUCAUUACCUCUUCCUUAUAUUAUUUCCUCCGGCGAAGUCGAAGUCAAAUUUCGGACACAAACCACGUCAUUGAUACUCUCACCCGAUACGCGCUGGAAACUGGCACAGCUACCUGGCCUUCACUUUAUAAUUGGAAAACGCUGAACACGCGACACGAGCUCAGAAAGUUCCGUGGUUCCACCUCAAACAGUGGGAACCGGCUCCCUGUGAUAUUCCCAACAGAGUAUGACGCUGACGCACGGUCACCCGGAGUAAAUAACCCCGUGAGAUGA